CAGCCUUCAUCGGCAAACUUGUAGAGCACCUAAUCGACCAAUCAGAGCAGCCCUGUGGACUGCUAGAUUCGCAUAGAAAUAAUAGGUGAAAGAUGCGAGAGCCUCACACGUCGGGUUGUUUUCAUCACUGAGCAACUUUCUACUGCGUCUUCCGAGUUUGGAAGUUAUAGUUUUGUAUGUUUGGAGCGACUGUUUACAUCUACCACGACGGCUAUCAACGGAGGUUCAGUUCAUAACGCAUAUAUGUUACACGAUCAGGCAUCUGGGGCGGGGGUUGGAGCCUCCCCCACCCCCAUGCUUCCAUCAUUUGGCUUCACCCAGGAGCAGGUGGCUUGCGUCUGCGAAGUCCUUCAACAAGGGGGUAAUAUCGAGAGACUAGCCAGGUUUCUAUGGUCACUACCGGCAUGUGAGCAUUUACAUAAGAACGAAAGCGUACUCAAGGCGAAAGCCGUAGUCGCCUUCCACAGAGGAAACUUCAGAGAACUUUAUAAAAUUUUGGAGAGUAAUAACUUUAACUCACAUAACCAUCCAAAGCUACAGGCGCUAUGGUUAAAAGCACAUUAUGUAGAGGCCGAGAAACUCAGGGGCAGACCCCUGGGGGCCGUAGGAAAGUAUAGAGUCAGGCGGAAGUUCCCUCUUCCAAGGACAAUAUGGGAUGGGGAAGAGACAAGCUACUGCUUCAAGGAGAAGUCUCGGACCGUCUUACGGGAGUGGUAUGCACAUAACCCCUACCCGUCCCCCAGGGAGAAGCGAGAAUUAGCCGAGGGUACGGGACUUACCACCACUCAAGUCAGUAACUGGUUUAAAAAUCGACGACAACGGGACAGAGCAUCUGAACAAAAAGACAGGGGUGAUGGUCAGGGAGAUGGCGACAGUUCUAUGGUUGGUAGUGGCGUAAAACAAGAGGACGACUCGGAUCUAGAUGACAUGACGGCCUUAGGCCAUACCGAACUAGACUCACCAACAGGAGGGAACAUGUACGCAGAUUUAGUGCAACAAAAAUCCUCACCAAGUCAACAACAAGCAAACGCAAUGGUUCUGCAAUAUGCGCAACAUCACCAACAAAUGCCAAUCUCAACGACACACCCCGGUAUCACUCAACCGUCCCAGCAGUCCUUAGGCUUGACUAUGACAAACACUAACUCUGGUAUACCCCACCCUCAGCAUCCGGGCUCUGUUCAAGCACAUCCGGGACUUUUAACAGAAUAUCAAACACUAUGACUCGGCCAAAUGACUUGCUGAUGUCGACUCGAAAAAUCCUGUGGUAAUCUAAUCAAAUCUCGUCCCCACGAUAUCUCGAUAUCACGUGACAAUAAAUUGAUAUCGUCAUGCACGAACGAUAUAAAGAAACACCAACAACGUUGGGCGAAGUGUUACGGUGUCUAGCAAACUUUGGAACGCGCGUCACAUUAAUAAGGACGGUAAUGUGUACACAUUUUGAGGAGUUAUGAAACAAUGAUUUAAAACAUCCAACUUUAAUUAUACCCCCUAUUUGUGCUUCUACUGCAAUGAAUCUCUGAGAGUAUUAGAUACAUUCAAACAAAACAGUAUUAUUCAUUAUAAAGGAAAAAGUUAGUAUAAACGCAAAGCUCUGGUAAACAGAAAAUAUAUUACUUCUUUAAACUGUUGAAUAAUUUUUGAAAAAUUGAAGUCAUGAAUCUACCAUAAAAUAUUAUUUUCACGUUUGUAUUCUAUAGUCUACACGUGAACUCAUAUCAUUGUGAACAAGGGUGUUAUUUUAUCACCCUUCUCCACUGCUAUACAUCAUUUCUUAUCUUAGAUAUUCCAGCCAAACUUUAUGUGGGAAUCUGUUUUAUAACAAUCUCCUUCUUGAAAUGUUCAUUUACAAAUCUUUUCAUACGAUUCUGAACUAUUUUCUAUGAUUUUGAUGAUUGACUCAACGCAAAUGAGAUUAGUAGUAAGCCAAUCUUUAUUAAAUUAUCUAAAUAAGAAAAUUCAUUUACUAAGUUUGGUUUUAUUCCUCUGUGGUUUUCGCUGGAAGUUAUUAUAUUUGUUGCAUGUUGCUUCGGUAGAACUUAAGUCGUCUUUAUUGUUCUGGAUACGUUGGAACAUCUAACGUUAUAUAUUAUCAUCAUCAUCAUUAUGUUAUAGUAAAACUAUAGCAUUGUGGCUAUAUCAUUGUGUAACAUUCAUUUUAAAAAUGAAAUAAAGCAUUUAUAAGAUAGUAAAUAUAAAAAUUAG